AUGACAGAUCUGCGCACGAAACGCCCACGGACUCUCUGGUUGGGCAGGGAUUCAUCAACUCGGUCUGAAGAGUCUCGAUCAUCGACAGAACCGAACACUGAAGAAACGCCAAAACCAAUCCCGGCCACCAACAAUCGCAGUGAUAUCACACUAUUCAACUGCUACGAAGAGAACCCGUGGAGCGUGUACGAACCACGAGCCAAAAUCUGUCGCAAGCAACCAAUCACCCUGGCCCAGCAUCGCAAGCACAGACAGAAUAUUGUACACAUCCGAUGCCUUCCCAUUGACCGACCUCAGGUCCAAAGCCUGUUAGAGACGAUCAGACGUCUUUCUCACCCCAUAUUCCCACGGCUUCUGGAGUCGUACUACCACACGGGCGAGCUGCACCUGAUUUGGGAACCGAUGGAAAUCACGUUGAACUACAUUUUAACCGCCCAGUGGCCGGUCAACGAGACCGAGCUGGCAUACAUUCUCCGGUCGACCCUUGACGGCAUUAGAUUCCUUCGGGAUCAGGGAAGAGCAUUGGCCAUCCUAGAGGCGGAGACAAUCCUCUUGGACCGAAGGGGCCAUGUCCGCCUUGCUGGGGUCGAGCAGAGCUACCCGAUCUCAGCAUCCGAUAUGAAUGCCGAGACGCUGAGAUUGACCGCGCUGGCUACAAUCACGAGGAGCCUGAUGGCCACUGGUGCAGGACAGGUCAGAUGGAGCUCUAAGGUCCGGGCCUUCCUCGAAGAUCUGACCACCAAGUCUUUGGAUGAGUUGAUGCAGGUAAGUGGGCAGCUAAGAGAUGGAGCAAUAGUUGGUAACAGAGUCCUAGGAUACAUUUCUCGAAGCAGCAACGGACGAAAGAGAUCUAAAGCUGUGCGUCCAUGUUGUGAACAAAAAAGCCAGAAACGAUCUUGUAUUACUCUGACCGGUCUGGAUUCGAUGGCAUCCAUCAUCAUCUAG